AUGAAAAAGGCACUAGAAUCAUCUGCAUCAGCCUCUGCAGCAUGGGAUUGGGAUGGGGUCAUGCUCGACAUGAGUGAAGAUGCUAUGGAAGUCGAUAUGAAGGGCACUGAUGAGCUCAAAAUGACUAGUCGGCUCAACAAGACCGAGGAAGAAAUCAAACGUAUGACAGUGGACGAGAGUUUGAAUGAGAUUGAUAGAGCUGUCUUAUUGCUGAGGACGGGAGCAACCGUACAGAAGUCCGCAGUAGUCAAUUCGCUAUUACGACUACUAGAAGAAUACACUACCGACUUUCGUACCAAAGUGCUACCAGCAAUCACGGAGAGCAUAGGAACCGAGCCUCCAGAAUUACAGUCGUUGAAGGCUACAGUCAUGGUGAAUCUAAUUGGAACUGGACUAAUACCGUCGAGGGCAUUACAGAAUAUUAUUAAUAUCAGUAGAAAGCUUUUGGAUUCAGCUUCAGAAGAGGCGGUGCAAGCAUGGGCCGAAGUAAUAUUAGCAGGAAUACGGAAUCUAGCACCAGAUGUCAUCGAAUCCGAUAUUCUACCUUCAGCGUUAGCAGAUAGCGGUCUAGCUCAACCACCACCGUUAAGAAUAUGGUGUUGUCGCGUGCUCGGGGCUGCUUCUACAAGAAUGGAAGCUCGUCGUGUCCGAGACGUCUUUCUACGGCGAGCCCUCGCACUAUGUCAAGACACUGACUGGGAAGUCCGAGCAUGCAUGUGCAAUCAACUAGCAGCACUAGCACAAUGUCUGGGCCCCGAAAUGACACGAGCCGAAAUAGUAGGCGAAUUACAAGAAUUGCUGGUAGACGAAGAACGAAGUGUUCAAGAAGCAGCCAUAAUCGCUUCAGGUGCUAUACUGGAUCACCUCGACUCUGACACCCGACGAGACGUAUUUAUACCCAUGUGGAAGGGACUCUGUGAAUCGAGAUCGGGCCCACACGUAAUCCCUUUAGCGCAUCAAUUUGGAGAAUUGUUGUGGAAGUCUAGAGCAGAACUAUCCGACGAUGAUAUAUCCUUCUUCCUCAAAUAUUUCGUCAGCCUUUCACAAUCAGAGGUCGAAGAAUACCGUAGUGAAGCAGCAUACAACUUCCCUGCCGUCACUCAAACCAUUGGAGCCACCAAUUUCGACGCUUUUGGCUUGGAACGUAUAAUAGAGGAUUUAGCUGAAGAUAGUAGUGUUCAAGUUAGGAAACGGAUUGCUGCUGGUAUCAAAGAAGUUGCCAUUGUUUUGGGAGAUCGCGCUUUUACUUGGCUGAGAGCAGCUGUUUCAAGUUUGGUGGGUGAACAAGAUAUAACAGUCUUUCAGUGCUUUGUGAAAUCACUGGAUACAAUUCUGGAGCAGUUCUCCUUUGAUGAGGAUGCUAAGAGAAAUCCUCAAUAUGACGAAUUACUAUACGCAAUAAUACGGCGUGAACGUGACUGUGCUACUCAUAGAAAAUGGGGUUGGCGGACACAUUUGGACAUGCUGCGACAAUGGAAGCACUUUUCAGAAUAUUUCGAGUCAGAGUCGGUACAUGAUCACUGUGUGCCAGUUCUCUUCAAAAUAUUAUCGGAUAAUGUGGUUAUACCUAUCAAGGAACAAGCAUUGGAGAAUCUUUGUACGUAUAUGCGCAAGUUGAGGAGGCAGGAACAUCGAGAUCGCGUCUCUAGAAUGCUGAAUGAUCUUGUGAUGGCACAUAGCUAUCAUACCAGAAUACUAUUCAUGACAGCCUGCAAGAUCUUGCUCGAAACUUCAUCAAUGAGGUUUUUCAAGGAGCAUUUCUUUGUAAACUUUCUGGAAAUGUGUCAUGACCCUGUCGCCAACAUACGACUACGGAUGGUAGCACUACUGCCGGUGGUUCGAAAACGACUGAAACUACCACAAGAGUCUGCAGCUUUACAACGACUGAAUGAGGCCGUGGGCGAUUUACUGACACACGAUGGAGACCGAGAUGUAGAAAGAGCCAUGACUGAUUUAGUUGGUAAACUGAAUUCAUCUCCUGAAGGUGCCGAACCUGGAGCUGGAUUCUUGGGUACACGUGGUCUAACAACCGACAGUCAAGACCAGCUCGAUCGACAACGUGAAGAAGAAGAGGAUCGUAUUAAAGCUGAGCGAGGCUGCGGUGAAGAUGGUGCACCAAGAGUACGAGCUACAUCAGAUAUUAAGAGAGGUUCUCUUAGUGGGACUUCAUCGAAAGCUUCACCAAAGGCGGGUGCCCCGCCGAAUAACAGAAGAAAGAGCCUUGGAAUUGGACUGUCAUCGUCAUCUUCGGUUAUGAAGACUUCUACUGGACAAUUGCUUUCAGCACAACCAUCAUCAAACAAUAUGAGACUGUCCAGUGGACAAUUACCUGGUCUGCCAAUUAUUCCCAUGACCAAUAGCAAGCCUGCAGACCGAUUCCCAAGUAUCGCUGUAUCACAACCACCGAGGACUGGAUCUAUACCUGAAAAGCCGCGGAUAGUGGCACCAGCAGUAUCGUCAUCUACAUCUACAACAGCAAGCACCAGCACCAAGAGCAGUAAAGAUUUACAGUCAUCACGCAACAAUUCCAACACACUCAUCAGCAGCACUGCAUCCAACAAACGACCUGUAUCUCGUGGCAUAGCCGAAGACGAUUACCGUGAUGACCAACCGCCAUCGUCAUCAUCGCGGUCCGGUUCGUUUUCAGGAAUGCGUCCUACAUCGGCAACGUACGAGAGCAACAGCAAUAGCUAUCAUCAUGAUCGACUAACGGACUCUGAAAAGACGAAUUCUUUACCACGAAACCUCCGAAACAAGAGUCUGUCGCAUAACUUUGACGAUGGCUCGUAUGAAAUUAUUGAGAAGGUGUCUCCUGGUGGAUCGCGUGGCGAAGUUAGGAAUAAUGGUGGUAGACGAGAUAGUAAUCAAGACAGAGGUGGAAGUUUAACGACCUCGCUGGCGUCGUCAACGGGUCACAUUGUGGCUAAACUCAAGCAAAAUACGACUACCAAGGCACGAUAA